UUGAUUUGUCAUAUAGUUGGUCGGUUUGCUGUGUCUAUACUUCCAUACUUGCUGCUUUCAUCUUCGAAAAAAGAAACUUUUUAUUUGGUGGUACAACGGGGGCGUUUUCCUCGUUCUGGAAUCGCACUUCUGUGCGAUGGGGUGUUUCGGAAACAACAUUACCGAUGAAGAGCAAGAAACGAAUCGGAGACAGAGAAAUACGAACAAAAAGAUCGAGAAGCAACUAAGGGAUGAUAAAAUUGCAUACCGCGCGACCCAUCGCCUUCUUCUACUGGGGGCUGGAGAAUCUGGAAAGAGCACGAUCGUCAAACAGAUGAGGAUCUUACACGACGUACAUGGCUUUACGGAGCAGGAAAAGAGGCAAAAAAUAGAAGAUAUAAAGAAGAAUAUUAGAGAUGCAAUAUUGACCAUAACAGGGGCUAUGCCGACGCUAACUCCGCCGGUGAAGUUAGCCAACCCUAAUAACCAGUUUAGAAUCGACUACUUGCACGAAGUGGCCACGACGCCAGACUUCGACUAUCCCCCGGAGUUCUAUGAACACACAAAAAUCUUAUGGCAAGACGCGGGUGUGCUCGAAUGCUUUGAACGAUCCAACGAGUACCAACUUAUCGACUGUGCGCAAUACUUUUUGGACAGGGUGGACACAGUCAAGCAGGCAGACUACUUGCCAGUAGAACAGGAUCUGCUCAGGUGUCGUGUACUGACAUCAGGAAUCAUUGAAACAAGAUUUCAAGUUGACAAAGUGAAGUUUCACAUGUUUGAUGUGGGUGGACAGAGGGAUGAGAGAAGGAAAUGGAUACAGUGCUUUAAUGAUGUUACAGCAAUAAUAUUUGUGGUUGCAUGCAGUAGUUACAAUUUGGUACUUAGAGAAGAUCCUAGCCAGAACCGGUUGAAGGAAUCUCUUGAAUUGUUCAAAAGUAUUUGGAAUAACAGAUGGCUGAGAACAAUCUCAGUAAUAUUGUUUCUCAACAAGCAAGACUUGUUAAAAGAAAAGGUGCGGGCUGGCAAGUCCAAGAUUGAGGACUAUUUCCCGGACUUUGCUCGUUACAGAACUCCUCCAGAUGCCACGGCAGAGCCUGGGGACGAGGAAUCAGUGACAAGAGCUAAAUAUUUUAUUCGUGAUGAAUUCCUUCGAAUCAGCACAGCCAGCGGAGAUGGUAAACACUACUGUUAUCCACAUUUCACAUGCGCAGUAGAUACGGAGAACAUUCGACGGGUAUUCAAUGACUGCCGAGAUAUAAUCCAGCGAAUGCACCUCCGCCAGUAUGAACUUCUGUGAUGGGUUCCCUCUUCUCCCUCCCCAACUUUUCAUCCAGCCUUCUGAACAGCCCUUACCAAGGCUGCCUGCCAUGUGCUGUUAUAUGACACAAACAUUCAGCUGUUUUAUUCCGAUAUGGGACGGGGGAUAGAUAACAAAGGGGCGUCGGCCCAGCCAUGAAAUUAUGUCAGAUACCAGCCUUGUAAAGUAGUGUACAAAAUGCCGUGGAAUAAUGUAGCAUUUAGUUUCCUGUGGUUUUUCACAGGACUUUGUCAGUCAGUUAGCUGUAAUGUUCUGGGCCGAGAAAAGGAGAAUUUUGUUGGGGGUGGGGGACGGGGGAUUUGCGCGUGGUCUGUCUCCACAUUGAGUUCCUUGAUUCUUGUUCUUCUGUCAAACUAAAACCAUUAUCCUUAAAGUUGAAUUUCUUAUCACAAGUUCCCCUGUCUUUCGGAGUUGGGAACUUGAGCACUAAAAUUUGCUAGUUCUUGAAAAUAUCAGAAGUGUGCAGGCAAAGAAAAAGUGUUUUUAAGGUUGUUGACAGACUUAGUGUAUAAAAAAAAAAUGUUCUUUUGUUGUCCCUAAGAACAAACCAUGGCAGCACAUGCUGAGGAAAUUUCAGUCUUCUUUUUUAAAGACGUGUGAAACUCUUAAAAUCUUCUCUCUUAUCCGUGGUAUCCGGUACUUAAGUAAAUUAAAGAAAUACCUCAAAUUAAGUAGCUAUUUGUUAUUCUGGAAUGAAUGCAACAAAGUCUUCUUUCAUGUUCUUGUUAUAAGAAGCCAGUGGCAUUUCAUUGCAGUGAACCGGGUAACCACGCCUUUUCUUUGUUUGCAGACA